AUGGACGCGACCCAACCACCUUGCUGGUGCACGCACCCCGCCACGUCUCUAAGCUUGGACCGACACCGAUACCACUGCGUUAUACAAAAACUACCUGUUGUUUGCGCUCAAGAUACAACACACCUUGAAGACUAUCGCAUCGCAUCACCAACCACUACUCCAACUUCUACCAACGAGAACCUCUCGUUCCCAACACAACAACCGCAACCAUGA